CAAGAGCUGAAUGUCAACUAGUCAAAGAUGGAGUCUUGAGCAAAGAGGGCCAUUGGCUUGCCAUGGAUAAAUUACGGUUUUGAUUUUUUAGACCAAGAGGGGAAAGAAUGCGCGAGCAUGACGAGAUGGCACUAUGUUACGCAGGAUGAAUGCGAAGAUAUUUGAAGAAAUUCGCGCUUCUUGCCUUGCAACCCUUCGGUCCAACUUUUUCUCUUUUUGUCGGUGUCUUCUGCUUUCAAGGAUUGUCCCUCCCUUGGCCAGACGAGGAGAAGAUGCCUCAACCCAAGGUGAAGCUGGUGGUGACAGGAGAUGAUUUUGGGUACUGCGAGAGAAGAAAUCAAGGGAUUGUGGACUGCUUCAAAACUGGUGGGAUCUCCAAUGUCUCCCUUCUGGUCAAUGCAGUCUCAGCGGAGCACGCGGCAGAGCUGGCCAAAAGGAAUCACAUCCCCAUUGGACUCCAUGCGAAUCUUUCAGAGGGUCUUCCAGUGUCUCAGGAUCUAAAGGGCUCAACGCUCCUCAACAAGGAUGGAUUCUUCCAUGGCAAGAUGGGCUUCCGGGAAGUUUUGCAGUGUGGUCAGCUCAAGAUGUCAGAGGUGGAGGCGGAGCUCAGAGCCCAGGUAAAUCGAUUUUGUGAACUUGUUGGCCACGUACCCUACCAUAUGGACGGCCACCAGCAUGUGCACGUGCUGCCAGAGGUGCGAGAGGUGUUCGCCCAAGUUCUCUCUGAUUUUGGGAUCACCUACACACGGGUCCCCAUAGAACCCGGUCUUAAAUUUUGCACCUUCCUCCCGCCGCAUCUGCGAGACUUUAAUGAACAGGUUGAAAAAGAUGCCCUUGAAUCUAUCGAGGUCUUUCAUCGCUAUGGAAUUAGAUGGCCUGACAUAUACCUGGGCCUGAGCACUAUGGGUAAGAACAUGUCUGUCCCCAACCUGAAACGUGCUUUUGGCUUCACGCUGGAAGCUUCACUAGAUGACGGUGUGACCUCCUCGUUGAUACAGUCCAGUGAUGCCGCGACUGACUCCUAUCGUCCGGUUACAGCAGAGCUUAUGGUGCAUCCAGGAUAUCCAAGUCAGCCUCACCAGGGCGGAUGUGGAGAAGGACCAGAUGACUUCUCACAGUCUGCAGACCGACUACACGAGCUUAAUACUUUGAGGGACCCUUUUGUGCUUAACUACUACAGGCAACAGAGGAUCCACCUCUGUGCCUUUAAAGACUUUUAAACCCUUAGGUCAGAGUAUUUAAGGUUUGGCAAACUGAAUGUCUUCUGCUUUAAGGAAACAAGAUUUUGACCCAUACCUCAAUUAGUCAUAUUACAGUAUGAGUGCUUGGUUUGGGAAAGGCAGAAAAUCAGCAUUCGGUUUCAUUGUACUGCUUCCAGAGCCCAUACAAAAAUUUUUUGAAGCUGCUACUUCAAGUAGAGCUAAAACAACUGAAUUAUACUAAUUCUUCAACAGA